AUGUGUGCUUUCUAUAGGAUAGCUUUUCAAUUAAAUUUGUUCACUGAAAUGAUUAAUGGAUCACCUAAUCAUUUAAUCAACGGAGGCCAUCGUCCAAGACAAUCCGUCAUUAAAUCCCACACUGCUCAUGGUAGCACCAUGACCAUCACCCGUUCAGAGAAACGUUGUUUUAUUCGAUACGUGAAUACUGUCAUGUCACAAGCAAUUCAAAAAUUCACCGAAGAAAAGAACAAGAUGAUUGAAAAUGGUUCUUGGAAUUUCAUAACGAGCACUUUACAACAACAAGCAGAGGAAAGAAAUGGUGAGAAUGGUGAAAUUUUAUCUCCUAGAAGUGGUGGUGCUGGUGGUGGUGGUAGAAGACAACGAAAUGUUUUGGCAAAUUUGGGAGAUUUGGCUGUGAUUGAAUAUUGGAAACCAUUGGAAGUGGUUGGUGCGGAAGAAUUGGAACAAAAUGUUGAGAUUUUUGAUCGUUUGCAAGAUGGUUUGGUGUUUUUGCACUUGAUUGAAAAGAUUCAAAGUGGUUUGAUUGACUGGAAUAAGGUUAAUAAGAGAAGUAUUAUUGCACCUUUGGACGAAAUUUCAAAAUUCCAAAAGAUUGAAAAUCAAGCAAUAGUUAUUGAUCUAUCUGGAUCUGUUGGUUGUCAAAUUGUUGGAAUUGGUCCAAGUGAAUUGGCAGAAAAAUCACCACAACCAUUAUUGGCUUUAUUAUGGCAACUUAUUAGACAAGAUGUCACCAAACGUUUGAAUGUUAUGCAUUCUCUCAGAUUAAUUGCUCUCAAGGAAGAGCACGAAAGUGUAGUUGACUUUAUGAAAUUACCAGCUCAACAAUUAUUAACACGUUUUGUGAAUUACAAUUUGAAACAAACCAAAUCAAAGAAGGUUGUUGUAAACUUUUCAGAGGAUUGGAAAGAUGGUGAAGCAUUCUGUUAUCUCAUUAAGAACAUUGUUGAUAUUAAUAAUAGAUUCAAUGGAAAGAGAGUUUCAUCUAAUGGUGAAGACGACGACGAAGAUGAAGCAAAGGAAAAUGAUUCACAAAAACAAUUCACCGAUGAACAAAUUGAAGAAAUUUUGGCCAUUGAAGAUAAGGAAGAAAGAUCAAAGAGAAUUAUUGCUACCGUUAAUGAGCUUGGUUUGAAUCCAAAUAUGGUUCAUAUUGAAGCUGAAGAUAUUCACACUGGUGUCAAUACAUUGAUCAUGACCAUGGUCAGUAGUUUGUUCAAUGCUACCAAUUUGAAUGGUUUGCAAAGUGAUUUGACUGAAGAUGCAGAAAAGAUGACUCAAUUGAGAAGAGAAAUUCUUGACAACUUUUUGAUCAUGAUGAAGGAUGAUAUGCCAGAAAUUAACAAGCCAGAAAUGAAGGUCUUUUUGGAAUUGGUUAAAAAACUAUCAGAUGUCAAUAUUAAGGAAAUUGAAGAAAAGAUUGUCGAACAAAAAGUUCACAAAUACAAGGUUGAAGCCAGAAAGCUCAAGAAACAAGCUUACGUUCAAUACAAUCUCUCUGAGCAAUACAAGAGGAGAAUUGAGGAAUUGGAAAAGAUCAUUGCUGACCAAAAAGUCACCAUUCAAGAAAAGGAAAAGAUCAUUGCUGAUAAAAACGAAAUCAUUUCCGAGAAAGACAAGAAGAAUCAAGAACAAGCUGAUCGUAUCAAGGAAUUGGAAGAAGAACUCAGACGUGUUAAUGAUUCUAGAAAGGAUGAUUUGAAGGUUUUAGGUGCUGAAGAUUUCCUCAACAGUGAAAAUAUCACAGCUGAAGAAAUUAGAAAGAAGACAAGUCAAAAGAUUGAAGAAUUGGUUAAGCGUGUCAAAGUUCUCAAGGAAACUCUUAUUCAAACAAGAAAGGAUCUUAACUAUGGUAUGACUUUGAGCUCUGCAGAUGCCGAAACUAAACUUGCUGAAUUUAGAUUUGGUCAAUUAACAGCUGAAAGAUUAACAACCGAAUUCAAACCAACAUUUGUUGGUAUGGUCGAAAAGAGAGGUAGAUUGAAGAAGAAUUGGAAGAAGAGAUACUUUAUUCUUCUCAACAAUUACAUCUUUUAUUUCACUAAAGAGAAGGGAGGAGCCUUGAAAGGAUUCCUUCGUAUUGAAGAAUGUGAAAUUGAUCGUGAAGAGGAAGAAAACAAGAAAGGUUUUGUUUUCCAUAUCAAAACUAUGGGCAGAGUUCUGAGUUGUAGAACUGAAAGUUAUGAAGUUAGAGAAGAAUGGAUCAAGUGGAUCUAUGAAAAUUCCAGAAUUAUCUUACAAAAUGAAUAAAUAUCUUGGUAGACACAUUUGUCAAA